AUACAAAUCUGAACGAGACUCUAUUCAGUUAUGUGCCGGAGUUUGAAAACGUAAGCCUAUUCUACAAUUGCUCAAACAACGAAACGAUGGUACCGACUCCAUACAAAAUUUCGUGUUCUGUGAAUGGCGAACAACGGGAUGCAUUUUAUGCAACUGAUCGGCUUUUGAGCGAGUGGAACCAAGACCCCUCAGAUUGUAACAUCAGGGUAGAAGUUCCGGUUCCAAGGGUGGAUGUUGAACAACUUAUUGGCGGUGGAAUGGAAGCUUUAGGUAAGGUUUUGAGAGAAGGUUUUAACGUAACGUACAUGUUUGAGACAAUUCCAAUGUGCUAUGAAUGUGUGCAUUCGGGUGGGAUAUGCGGCACCGACUCUUCUACUUUCCGCUUCACUUGUCUUUGCCGUGACCAACCCUAUCCUUAUAAUUGUCCAAAAGCAAAAGGCAACGGUGGUUCGAAUGUGAUUCAGAAGAUUGUUAUUGUCUAUGGGAGAAGCAGCUUGGAAUCUUCAAGGAGGGUAGCAUGCAUUAAUUUAACACACUUUUCAGCCUAAGGGUCGUCAACAAUAAAUAAAUAAAUAAAUUUUACAUGGGGUCGAUCCAUGCAUAAAGCAUUACCGUGAGGUUGAUGUUAGGAAGCUUAAAUUCUAUGAUUUAUCUUGUCUUGUUGUAGGCAACGGUCGACCGAGUUGCCUCUGAAGGUUGUUAUUGGUAUGAUGCUUCCUUUUUUUUUUUAACAUUUAGAAUGAUUUUUAUGCUUAAAAUUCAAUUCAAUUUAAUUCAAUUAAAAAUAA